UGUGAGAUGUUGCAUCAGCUGGAAUAAAGGAUAAAGACGAAACAAGACAACGGAAGAAGAAAGAGAAAGAAGAAUUUACGAAAGUCGCGAAACAGCUGCAACUUUGGAGAAAAGUUUCUCAGCAAUGGUCCCGGAAAUCCCUGUCGUUGAUCUGGGCCAACUUGGUUCCUCCGGCGAUCCCUCGACAGCAGAAUGGGACCGAGUGGGCAGGGAAGUAUGCCAAGCCUUCAGUGGCAUCGGCUUCGUUUACCUGAAGAACCAUGGCCUUCCGAACGAAAUGGUCAAGGAAGUGAACGAUUCUUCGGGGAAAUUCUUUCAACUUGAAAAUACCAAAAAAAGAAAAUAUGAGAGAGGGGUUGUUGACAUCCAAGGCUACACGGCGGUCGGACGAGAGAGGUUAAGCGAGGACCGAACGGCGCAAGAGAUCCGAGAGAGCUAUGACGUCAAGCGACCCGACGGCAUGUUCCCCGACGAAGAGGUUCCUGACAUGAGACCGAGCGUGGAGGCCUUCAUGACCGCGUGCAAGGACCUCACCAGGAAGAUUCUGGUGGCGAUGGCCAUUGGGCUAGGCCUGGACCCAGCCUUCUUCGUGUCGAACCACCAGCAGAUGUGCACCGAAAGCAACACAACCUGCCUCAGGAUCCUCUACUACCCUAGCCUGCCGGAGUCCGUUCCCGAGGGCUCCAUUCGCUGCGCCGCGCACACGGACUACGGCACCGUCACGCUGCUCUUCCAGGAUGACGUCGGUGGCCUGCAGGUGCGGGAGGACACAGUAGGGCGGUGGAUCGACGCUGUCCCGCUUCCUGGCGCUGUCCUUGUGAAUGUCGGGGAUAUUUUGCAGUUCUGGACGUCAGGCAAACUCAGGGCUACGGAACAUCGCGUUUUGAUUCCUCCCGAAGAUACCCGGCGCAGGAGCGCUCGGCGAUCUGUGGUGUUUUUCGUCCACCCCGAUGACCCUGUGCUUAUUACGCCCCUGGAUGGGUCCUCUGCCUAUCGACCAAUCACAGCUAAGGACCAUUCGGAUCUUCGCUUCCGCCAGACUUAUGAAUAUUAAUGGGAACCAAGGGAUUCUUUGUUAGAGGCUGAUGGCUGAGGGGGGUAUAGUGUAGGCCUGCGUGAGGAUACUCUUGUUAUGAGUGAUUAAGAAACUAUUUCGUUGUAGUUAAUAAAUAUGUGUGUAUGUUUGUUUGUGUGUGUGUGUGUGUGUGUGUGUGUGUGUGUGUGUGUGUGUGUGUGUG